GCAAUCAGGCUGGGGAGAGCGCGGCAUCUCUGGUUCUUUUGAAGGUUCUGGGCGCGCCAGGAUGAGUCAGUGGUGCAAACUUCAACAGCUGGAUUCUAAAUUCUUGGAACAUGUGCAUCAGCUCUAUGAUGAUAACUUUCCUAUGGAGAUCAGGCAAUACUUGGCACAGUGGCUAGAAAACCAAGACUGGGACCAUGCUGCUGAAGAUUUUUCAAUGGCUACGUUGCUCUUCCAGAAUCUUCUGUCACAGCUGGAUGAUCAAUAUAGCCGUUUUACCCAGGAGAACAAUUUUUUAUUGCAACACAACAUCAGAAGGAGUAAACGAAACCUCCAUAAUACUUUUGUGGAAGAACCCAUGUAUAUGGCCGUGAUGAUCUCCAAAUGUCUCCAAGAAGAAAGGAACAUCCUGAAAAUUGCAGAGUCCACAAAUCAGAUGCAAACGGACAGUGUGCAAAAUACGGCGACGCUGGGCAAAGUGAAAGAGUUGGAUGCAAAAGUCACAAAUGUGAAGAAUCGUGUCAUAGAAAUCGAGCAAAUGAUAAAAAAUCUCGAGGAUGUUCAAGAUGAAUAUGAUUUCAAAUUUAAAACCUUUCAGGUCAGAGAAUGUGAACCCAACAACAUGACCCAGGAUGACUAUAAAAAAGAAAAAGUACAGCUCCACACCAUGUAUUUGCAGCUUCACAGUAAAAGACAGGAUGUGCUACACUCGAUAUCCUCUUCGUUGCCUGUGAUUGAAAAUACCCAAAAUGCUCUGAUAACAGAAGAGCUGGUUGAAUGGAAGCAUCGACAACAGAUGGCUUGUAUUGGCGGCCCACCCAACGCCUGUCUAGAUCAGCUUGAAAACUGGUUUACCUCAGUGGCUGAGAGCCUUCAGCAGAUUCUUCAACAGAUUAAAAAAUUGGAGGAGCUGGAACAGAAAUUCACCUAUGAAACUGAUCCCAUUACCCAACAGAAGAAAGGGCUGUGUGAGCGGACAUGGAGUCUCUUCAAGCAGCUCAUUCAAAGCUCCUUUGUUGUAGAAAGACAGCCUUGCAUGCCUACGCAUCCUCAGAGACCAUUGGUUCUGAAGACUGGAGUACAAUUUACAGUAAAGUUGAGAUUGCUGGUGAAGCUCCAAGAGCUGAAUUACAAAUUGAAAGUGCAAGUUCAGUUUGAUAAAGACGUCAGUGAGAAAGUCACAGUGAAAGGAUUUAGAAAAUUCAACAUCUUGGGGACAAAUACCAAAGUAUUGAACCUGGAAGAGUCAAACGGGAGCCUAUCAGCAGAAUUUAGACACUUGCAAUUAAAAGAGCAAAAGAAUGUUUCAAGAUCUAAUGAGGGUCCUCUCAUUGUAACUGAAGAACUCCAUUCCCUCUGUUUUGAGACAAAAUUGGAACAGAACGGCCUUGUAAUUGAACUGGAAACCACUUCCCUUCCAAUUGUUGUGAUCUCAAACGUCAGCCAAUUACCAAGUGGAUGGGCUUCCAUUUUAUGGUACAAUAUGCUGAUGGAUGAACCUAAGAAUUUGUCCUUCUUCCUUAAUCCACCAUGUGCAAGAUGGUCACAACUUUCUGAAGUGCUGAGCUGGCAGUUUUCUUCUGUCACAAAAAGGGGACUCAGUUCAGAUCAGCUGGACAUGAUCGGGGAGAAGUUGCUUCCAAAUGGAUGUACUCCAGAUGGCCUUAUUUCAUGGGCAAGAUUCUGCAAGGAAAACCUGAAUGAUAAAAAUUUCACCUUUUGGCUGUGGAUUGAAGGGAUCCUUGAAUUGAUUAGGAAACACUUGCUCUUCCUCUGGAACGAUGGGCACAUCAUGGGCUUUGUCAGCAAGGAGCAAGAGCGCAUCCUGCUUAAGGAAAUGGAGACAGGGACGUUUCUUUUGAGGUUCAGUGAAAGUAGUCGAGAAGGAGCGAUCACGUUCACCUGGGUGGAAGGGCCAGCAAACGAUCCAUCCUUCCACUCUGUGGAGCCCUAUACAAAAAAGGAACUCUCUGCCGUCAGCCUGCCGGAUAUCAUUCGCAAUUACAAAGUGAUGGCGGCUGAGAAUUUUCCCGAGAACCCACUGAAGUACCUGUAUCCAUGCACUCUCAAAGACAACGCAUUCGGAAAAUACUACUCCAGACCCAAAGAUUCUUCGGAACCCAUGGAUGUGGUUGCUGGAGGCAAAGGAUACAUCAGAACUGAACUAAUCUCUGUAUCUGAAGUCCACCCUUCCAGACUGCCUGGCCCCGAGGCCCUUCUGCCUAUGUCCCCGGAAGAAUUUGAUCAGGUAGUGCAAGAGGUAACUUCUGCAGAAAUUAUGAUGUGUACAGAAUGUACACCGUGAACCCUGGCUAGGCCUGCUGGCAUAAAGUCUUGAGUGUGUCCUCUUUACCUGCAGUUCCUAGAACCCACAGGAGUCUCAUCAUUUUUAGUCUCUUAGGCUCUAUAUCUUGUAGUGUUGAGUACUCUGGUUUUUACUGCAAGAGCGGCUUGAACCUUCCGAAAUGCUUACUUGCUACUAAAAAUAUUUAUCUAGUAAUCCUGUACGUAGCUGUUUUCAUGGUGUCGUGUUCAAUAAUAUUUCCAGCUUUUAUAAAUGAGGUUGCUUAGGUUGAGUUUGACCCAUGUGUGAAAAGCUACAGGUCUCAGACUCCUCUGGAGAGCCCCUGGAUCUAAACAAUCUUAGGAUUAUCUUUUUAUCUUGGGGUAGAUGCUUUGAAGUUAAUGCUGCCACACCACUCAAUUUUCAGGGGUUGAUGGGCCCUCCUAACACUAGUUGGUCAGUACGUUCCAACGACAACUGCUGCCCUUCUGAUGAAUAAAAGGUAAAUAGGAAUUAAUUUCUAUAACAUAGUUUCCUUGUGAGACUGCAAUAAUUUCAACCUUCUGCCCCCAUUCCUCUCAAGCAUUAAAGUCUAAGGUAACAUUCCUUUUUACAGUAACUCAGAUACUGCAAAUAAUUCCAGUUUACAAAAAUGCAUGUGCUUCUUUUGGCAGAUCAUAAGAUAGUCAGUGAUCAGUGAUCUCAGGAGAAAGACUGGUCAAGUUACUAGCUCCCAAGAAAUAUUAAAAGAGAAAAGCAAAACUUGAAAUCUCUGAAAUUGCACAGAAAGUCCUACGUGUGCAAAGAAUAGAGUUAAGAGAAUAAGGGUUCCCACAUACACAAAAAUAGUUAUGAUUUUAAAGGCAAAGUCUAAUCAGAGCAAUUACCUGUUCCUUGGAGGUACCCUGAAUUAUGAAGCAAAGUGCAUGAAGCAAAGUGUCCCUGAAUCUUUUUGGCCUCGUCAGAUACUUUUAACCACAUAUUGAAUUUGUCAGAUGGUAGGCUUAACUGACUUUUCGGAGUCUAGGCACCCCAACAACUGCUUCCCAUCUUCCUGUUGUUCCAGAAAUUGGCAAAAGCAAUCCAAGUAAACACCACUGGUGUUUGUUAUCAUAUUAAAUUGCAUGUAAUGUGAUCUUUGUUAUUGAGGGAAAGAAGGUUCUUCACACAAAUGUCAUCAGAGUGCUAGGAAAUUCAAGACAGGGUACAUUGUGUGUCAUAUUGCCUGUAAUGAUCAUAGCUAUUAAGUAAUUAAUAAAGUGAAUUUAUUGCAGUCUUCUAUGGACUUUUUUCAUCCUGGUCCCACUUAACAGCAACUAGGUGCGUAUUACUCCCUUCAAUAUUUACCAAAUGCUUCUUUAGACAAACAAACAUUGCCCCCUUAUAUAUUGAGAACAAAAGGGUAGACUUAACUAGGUUUUAGGGCAAUGGCACCACAAUGGACAACCUUACAACAUAGUACGCUUCCACAGAAUGCAGACUGGAUGUGAGAGAGAAAAAAUAUCCAAGCUUACUACCUUUAUUUAUUUAACUUUAUUUUAUUUGGACUGUUUAUUAUUCUUAAAAUGCAAUGCAUUUGGAUUUGUAAUCCUGAAAAUAAAUCUUACCUUCAGAAUGGUUACACUGAAAUUUAAGUCAUAGGAAAAUGGUGACAAGCAAAGAAUACAUUCAUCAUGGUUUAUUCCCUAUAAUAAAGCCAAAUGUCAAGCCAAAUCAGUCAGUUGCUCAUCAGGUCAGUAAAGUCACUGAUAAUCCUGCCCUAAAGCUAAAAACGGUGCCAGUGCACUGCAACACAAACAUACACACACUCGCACACACAAAUGAGAUAGUAGAAUAAGAUGGCUGUAGUACUAAUAAAGCUCACUUUUAGAUGGAAUAAAUAAAAAUGUUUAAAAUUCACUGUUGCAUUAUUUUUGAAUGAAACCAUGGGAGGCAACAGCAAAACUGAACU